AAGUCUAGACAGCAGACAGGCUGAUGACAGAGCCAAGGGAGUCAUUGGUGGAUGAUUUUAGAUAUUGAACAGCUAAGACUUAUGGGAAAAGAGGAUUAAUCAUAAAGGGUGUAAGGUUUGGAUCUGAAGGAGGUGGGGAGAGCGUUUGAACCCUGAGUUUCUCAGUCUACCCUAUGACCUCACGAGAGGAGUGGCAUCCUGGCAUCAUCUUUCUUUCAUUCACUCUCCUAACCCCACUCACAUGCUUAAAAAGGGAUUGAGAGACAGGCACUGGCUUCCAGUCGUAGUUGGGUGAGCAAUUCGUCCAGGGUAGGAGGGAUAGAGCUGAUUAUUCUCUUCUUACUGCAGAUCUCUCGCCAAUAAGAAGAGACUGCGCUGAAGAACCAAGUUCAACUUUGAGAAAGAGACUAAACAGAACAAGACAGAAAUGCCACAGAACGUGGUACUGGAUGGGCCAGCGCCUUGGGGAUUUCGGCUUUCAGGAGGCAAAGACUUCAACCAGCCGCUGACCAUAACUCGGGUGACUCCAGGCAGUAAGGCAUCUCGGGUCAACCUGUGCCCAGGAGACAUCAUCCUGGCCAUCCAGGGAGUGUCCACAGACGGUAUGACUCACGCUGAAGCUCAGAACAAGAUCAAAGACUCCACCAAUCAGCUUUUCCUCAAGAUAGAGAGGCCAGAAACUAAAAUGUGGUCACCUCAGGUUAUAGAAGAGGGGAAAGUAAACCCAUUCAAAAUCAAUUUGGAGGCAGAGAAGCAAGAGUAUAAACCUAUUGGCACAGGUCAUAACAGAAGAGCACAGCCCUUUGUGGCUGCCGCCAGUCUGGAUGACAAAACACAGGUGGUGAGCUCCACCUACAACACUCCCAUAGGCCUCUACUCUCAAGAUAACAUCCAGGACGCCCUGCAAGGACAGAUCCGGGGUCUGGUGCAUGAAAAGCCUGAGGGUGACAGAACAUCCCAGAUGCUGAUGGGAAAUGUAGCUCAGAUGCCUGGCACCCCAUCGGCUGGGUCUAAGGCAGCUCCUUCUGCACAGUAUAACUCACCUAUUGCAUUAUACUCAGCAGACAAUGUUUCAAAUACAAUGCAGCAGGCUCAGAUGUCGACUGUAGUCAGGCAGGCAUCGCCCAGCCCUAAACCCCUGACGUCCAUUGAAGAAUCCCAUGUGUACCGUAUGCUCCAAGAGGACCACGAGCAGCCACAUGAGCCACGUCAGUCUGGAUCAUUUAAGGCCCUGCAAGACUAUGUUGAGAGCGAUGGCUCAAGGCCCAUGGUGACUAGAAGUGUAAAAGCCCCAGUGACAAAACCACAAGCGGCCACAUCCUCACUGCAGAAGCUGCCUCUAUGUGAUAAAUGUGGCACCGGCAUUGUAGGACCGGUUGUGAAAGCUCGGGACAAGUACCGCCAUCCAGCCUGUUUCGUGUGCUCAGACUGUGGUGUGCACUUGAAGCAGAAGGGCUACUUCUUUGUGGAGGGACAGAUGUACUGUGAAGGCCAUGCUCGGAUGCGAAUGACCCCACCUGAGGGACAUGAUCUAGUUACUGUAUAUCCCACUGCUUAGAGGGAUGGAAAAACUCAGAACUCACACAACUGAAAGUUGAAAUUAGACAAUUCGCAAUGUUUGCCCUUAUUGCUUAAGAAUAGAGCUUCAACCUUCAAACUUCAUUUUAGUUUAUAAAAGAGAAUACAAGGCCACUUUAAGUGUUUUAAGUGAUCAGAUCAUUGCUGUUUACGUCUGGUAUUAAUGUGCAUUUCAAAUUUAUCUUCUAUAUCUAAUUGUUUUCAGAUUUCGAUGAAUCCCUCACAACUUAUUUUGCCACACUCUACAUCCGAGUGCAAUGCAAAUCCAUGUUAUGUGGUUUACGAGCGAGCAGGAAAGGAAGAGAAUGAAAACGGCAAUUUUGAACAUAAUCUGUGUGUUUUGGAGCAAAGUCUGAAUCACUUUCUUUCUUUUCUCACAACUUGUCCCAGAACAAUCGCGUAUUUGGUGCACAUUCAGGACAGAUAGGCUACGUUCACACUGUCUAUCCAAAUCCAAUUAUUUGAGUAUCCGAUUGGAAUCUGAUCUAAAAUUAUUGAUGUCCACGUUGUGUAUCUCAACUGUUCAGAUCCAAUUUGUGUGUCCAUGCCUCUAUUUCAUUUUCCGGAAUAACUGCAUUGGUUUCUAUGGCAGUGACGGUACUUUGCAACAACACAAACUUAUUGAAAAUAAAUGAAAAUUCACAUAAACCAUGCAAAAUCCAAUCAGAGCAGUCAGACUGAAACGGAUUUCCAGAAACUGAUUAGGAUUUCAAACCACAUAUGAAUGUAGCUCGAAACGGAUUUUUAAAAAUCGCAUUUCAUGUGAUUUUUGGCCAUUCACACUAGCUAAAUCUGAUCAGAUUUCAAUCAGAUAUGCACAUAAAUCGGAUUUGGACAGUCUGAACAUAGCCAUAGAGUUUACAGUACACAUGCGAGGUGGUAACAUGCGUUUCUGACUACCUCUGUAUGUUUCAGUGAUACAAUUACAAAAAAAGCACUGACCAUUUGUGAUCCAAAUCACAAAACAAAUGUUAAUGCCAGGUGUAAACUCUUUCUCAAGGCCUUAAUCCAGUUCUUGUUGAAAAGCCGAUUUCUCAUUUUACAUAUUAGGCAUCUGUGCAGAUAAAAUCCGCAAUUUGAACAUAAAGUAAUUAUACAAGGUUUCGGUUAUUAUUAAAACAUGCAGGUAAUUUUGCUUUUAAUUCAAAUAUGCCACCAUCUAUGUACAAGGUAUUUGGUAAUAUGCACAAACUGUGUAAGA